GAGCGACAGAUUAGAUAUUAAUCGGCGAUGAAGAUGCGAAAAGAUAACAGUGUCUUUUUGAAGCACCGAUUAUGCAAAGAAAAAUUGUGAAAUAGUAGUCGGCUAAAACACAAACAAAAUUCCAAGCUUGUCGAUAUUUGUGUUUCCUUUAGUACACUAACCUACUCAGAAAUCUUGUUCGUGUUCUUCGCCUCUAGAUAUUUGAACCAACAUAGUCAAUCUUUAAUAGCUAUGCAAUCUAUUCUCUUGCCGCCGACUCGUUCCGGCGGCCUCCUUUCCCUUUCUCCGGCCAAAAUCUCGGCGACUCAUCUUUCUUUAUCAUCUUCUCCUAGACAAUAUGUUUCCUUUAAUUCACCCCUACCCUUUUCUUCUCCACUCAAAAAGAUUCAAUCUUUAACUCCUAUUAUUCACACUACCAAGAUUCUUGCUUCUGCCCCCAUUUCAACCAAUUACACUCCUAGUGAUGACACUGAAAAGUUAAAACUUGCCCAGGUUGCGAAAAGGUUAGAGAAUACAUCAAGGUAUCUAAAGAGAUUGGGCAGUUUUGGAUUUUGGGGGCAGUUGGUGUGUACGAUUGUAGCGGCUGUGAUCCUUUCAUUUUCCAUAGUUGUUACCGGAAAGGUUACUUCACCUGCUACAUUUUAUGCCACUGCUGGUGGUAUUGCUGCUGGAUUCAUAUCAGUAUUCUGGUCCUUCGGAUAUAUACGUCUUGCUGAUAAGCUCAAGAGAACUGCCAAUAACCCUGUAAAGGCUCCUCCUCGUGCCGAUGUGGUUAAUAGCUUGAAAAAUGGAAUUGUGCUGAACCUUCUUGGUAUGGGGGCGGCUGUUCUUGGUAUGCAAGCGACAGUAGGAUUUUUGGUCGCCAAGGCCCUGACUACCUCAAGCAAUCCAUUUUAUCAGGGUGUCUCCCCAGGAAGCAGUCCUGUUCUGGCAUUGGAUGUUUUCUUGGUUCAGGCAUCAGCGAAUACCAUCCUUUCUCAUUUUUUGGGUCUUGUUUGCUCCUUGGAGUUGUUGCGUUCGGUUACAGUAUCACCUAAUGAAACCAUUCCAGCUCCCAAGAUGGCAUGAGACUGUCAAUGAUCCAUUGUGCUUUAAGGUCAGAACGAUGUUUCCCCGGCUAUGAAGUUUUAAAUAUGUGGUCCUUUAAUUGUAAUAAUAACUUUAUUAUGUAUCAUGAUCAAGUUCUUGCAACUAAUAGUUCUGUGUAACUUGAUAAAUAUUAUUAGGCCCCUUUUAUGGAUAAAUGAAUACCCAUAGUCAAGCAGUUUUCUUUAAUUUGCACUGCUGCAAAACGCAGGUUAUGUAAUAUUCAUUAUCUUAUCUACUGUACUGCAUUUUCAUUUUUC